AUGCAUGAUGUCGAUCAGGCGGGGUCAGAGAGCAAAUUCAUACAAAGAAAGUCCUAUCAACCACCAGAUGAAAUGACCAAACAGCAAGAGGACUUGCAGAAACUUAUUGAUCAAAUUCACUCGUUGUCCAGUGGAAACACGCGCAGCUUCAGCAUCCCUUCCACAGAGGAGAACCCCAACUAUGAUGAAAUCCUGAGCCAGCUCUCUGCUCUAAACUCACCGCUGAGGGAGAGAUUCAUGGAGGACUUUCCCAAAAUGUUCGUUUGUAUUCUGUCUGGGAGACAGGACUGUGGACUGGAAGCAGAGCUGAUCAAAACUGCCUCGCUGGAGUUUGGGCCCCCGCUGCUGUCAUUUUUAUCGUCUCUGAGAUCGCAGACCUGCACCUCAGAGACCAGUAAUGAAGCACUACGAGGCCUCUUUGGGACCUACGCCACAAUACCGGAUUUAAGUAGUUUUGAGCAAAUAAUUCUUAAAAUUCUGUCAAGUCUUUCUGUCUCUGGCAGUCUGAAGAGUAUUAUGAAUGCACUCCUGGAUGCAACUGCCAGAUAUGUGCUCCAGUUUAUGGCAAUAGUUGUGGAAGUGCCUAUGGAGUAUAUCAGGAUAGCUUUACAGUUUGGAAUUGAAAUCCCAUCGUUUGAUAAAAAACAGACCUGUUCACAAGGAGAUCUCAAACAGCUGAUUAUGUGGGGCAUGAAGAACAAUGUGAGCUGGUCCUUCAGCGCUCCGUUUAUUGAAAUCCUCCUGGAGAACAUCUUCCCUUUAGAACAAUCAACGGUGUCUUAUCCAGGGUCGGAGUGCCAGGAUCCUACUAGUGUCCAGUUCCAACGCACCACCUCUGAUCAAACAAAUGACACUGCGAUCAACCAUGAGAUCAUGUGUGAUCAAAGCAACCUGACCAGUCUCAAUGAAACUCUGUGCGCUGAUGUUUUGUCCGGUGCAGGAGACGAAUCUUCUGCCUCCAUCUUGACUUUGUGUCAGGUGCUCAGCAACCUCAGUCACAAUCAAGUGGAGCUGACAUGGAGGAACAUGUGCUACUUCCUUCAGGCUCUGGUUUCUCCCUUCAGCACCAGAUCAUCUGUCUGCAGCGCCGAGGACUCGGUUCCUUUCAGUGUCAUCACGUCUCUCCACGAGUUUCUCCCCGUCACUCCUGCUCCUCGGCGAGUCGCCAGAGGGGCCUCGAGCCUCCGACAGCUCGUCUGCGACUACAGCGGCUGGCUGGCGAACACCACCGUGGAUGCUGGCCUUGUGUCCCUGUGCAGCGACAAUGAUCACGCUGAGUUUGUGCGGCAGGUGUGCAACAAUGCCACUCUGAUGAAAAAGCUGCUCUCGUACCCGAUGAACAGCUGGUUGUAUGGAUACUGUGGAAACUCCUCAGCAGAUGUUGGGUACCUGGUGAGCCAGCUCUGUGUCUAUGAGCAGUGGCUCAACCAGCCCACAGAGCCAGUGGACCCCGCCCUGAUUAAUUUCUGCGUGAGCUACGAUAGCGUUAGACUGACUCAGCUGAUGUGUGAGCACACCGGAUUCUUGAUGCUCAUAAUGUCCAACCCUGACAAUGGGAGGUUCAUGCCCAAUUGCACAAACUUGCCUCCUCCUCCACCAAUCUCUAGCCUGGACCCAUUAUCACUGGACUCAUGUCAGUACUCAGAGUGGCAUGAUUUGAGUCAAAUCACCACAGAUAUUUUAUCAAAGUGCAUCAUGUUUGAUCAAACUGGAUUCACGAUGGAGGUUUGCCUCAACAAAACGUUUCUGAACAGUCUACUUCAAAUCAAAGACAACGCCUGGCUGGAGAUGCACUGCAGUACCUCUUUCAUCCCCUCCACUCCGGAUCCCAACCCGGCCUUCAACUUUGCAAACUGGUGUGACUACCAGACGUGGGGACAGAAGCAGGUGGAUAGCUCAAUCGUAGCCCUCUGCUGGCAACACGACCCCCAGUCCUUCAACGACAACGUCUGCUGCCAGCGCUCAGUUCUGGAGAAGCUGCUGCAGGACUCUCAGAACACAUGGUUGUCCUCAGCCUGCUCCGACACGUCGGAAAUAACCUUAACCCCACAGGUGUGCACGUACUCUGAGUGGACCCGUCCGGUCAUUGUGGACAUGACUGAUGUAGCUCUCUGCUCGGAAAUUGACCCGGAUAACUUCACGUCCAAAGUCUGCAACAAUGUCACCGUCCUCCAGAACCUGCUGGCCAAUCAAGACAACAUCUGGUUAAUCGAGUACUGUGGCAACCAUUCGAAUCUAGCCAAAACCCCUGUUCCAGGUGUGGGACAGGGAACGGGCGGGACUCCAUUCAACGCUACCAAGCAGUGCCAGUACUCCAGCUGGAGCGUCACCCCCCCACAUGCAGCGCUGCUGGUUCAGUGCUGGGAGCACGACUUGUCCAACUUUGUCUCCUCUAUCUGUUCCAAUGCUGCCGUCCUGCUUUCUUUGUCGUGGGAGCCGUCCAGCAUGUGGGUCAACAACAUGUGUCAGACCUUCACCAACUACACCACAGCUCCCAACAACAGCAGCACUGCAGAGAAACCUGUCUGCAUAGCAAAAGAACUGAUCAAAGAGUUCAACUUGGUCUGCCCGAGCUUCUACAUCUCAGACUGCCAGCCGUGCACCACUCAGAAUAAGGUCCUGCAGAUGAUGGUGCGCUGCUUGAAGGCGAAUCUGAGGACCAGGGAGACGGAGCUGAUGACGCCGUCUGUGGCUAAAAUGCUGAAUGAAGCAGUCAGCACCACUAUAGUGAUCCUGCUGACUCUGGAGGACGCCCUGGGAACAACAUGGCACGUCGGUGAGGCCAUAAGGCCCAGUCUACUGCGCGCUGUAGUUGACUUUUUCAAGAACGAAAGCGACCCAGAAAAAAAGACAGUGUUGCUGCAGUGCUUCGGGGUAGGAACUACAUUUUUGUUUUUUUCUGUGCAAGUCAUGUUUGACAAUAGCUCGCCGGUUGGAAAUCAAUCAUGCAAAUCAUCGUUUUCUUUAACCUGAUGUGGAAAUUCAUUAAAGGUGUUUUAAUCAGUGUUAUCUUAGAGCUGUUGACCUUUUCCCCCCUAUCUGGUUACACUUGUGGCACUGAUAUCAGUUCACUGACUCUUCCUGUGCGUGUAAUCUCUGAGAUCUCACACCUGAUUGGGCAGAGAUUGAUGGAUUAUAUGCUAUCUGUUAAACCGCCUUACAAAAAAAAAACAAAAUUUAACUUUGUGUGUUUUUGUUGUUUACAGACUUUACUCAGCAGUUUGCUGCA